CUUAUAAAUUGGUUUUGAAUGAACAUAGAAGGGGUUUUAUGUUCCCGAGAAUCGCAAAGGUUGUGUACUAACACGAGCAUCGAUUCGAUGAAAAGCUUUCAAGACUAGAUUAAGAACCAAGUGGUUGUAUAAAAAAGAUAAAACACUUACUAAAAAGCCACCACACAAGUCUAGUGGCCUGGGUGUUGGCUUGACAGGUGGGUUUGGUGGCCUGGCAGGUGGGUUUGGUGGUUUGGCUAGUGGGUCUAAUGGCCUGAACUAUUAACAAGCAAAAUUUUCGAGCAAGGGAGCAAAGGACAUGGGUUCACCUCUGAUUCAUUAGCAGGGGCUGAUAUUUAUGGUACACAAGGUAUUAGGAAAGAAGAUAAUUGCAAAAAAAACGCAAUCUCAUAUGGAAACCCUAGAGACCGAGGCAUAUCAUGUUCCCUGCCCUCAAACAGAUCGUAACAAUAAACUUGAGCCUAUAACUAACCUUAUGCAUCAGAGUUGUGAUUUGAAAGAAUUUCCCGAGGUAUGCCUUUUCAUUCUAAUUAAGUCCUCAAUGAAUUAUUUAAACCAAUAAAGAGGAAACGAACUUAAUAUAUAAAAAAUGGUGAUUAGCUGCAAAAAUGUAAACGUUAUAGCCAUGUAAGUUUUCCCUUUUGAUUAAAAUGGGUGUAUUUAUGUUAAGGGAUGGAGUGAUUGUUGUUUAGCAAUAGAAGGAAACAACAAAGUGUUCCAAAUUGUUGCAGGUAGAAAAAAUAACAGAUGUCAGAGUUACUCAUUCUAGAUUAAUGCCGCCUUGUCAUGCUCGAGUCACAACUAGAAGAUAUUGUGUCGACUGCUCUCUUGCCAUGUCCUAAUGAUGAACUAGUCUAUGUUUAUCAUGCAAAGAAAAGCUACACACCUUGCCCGAUUAACUUGAUUUUUCCAAGAAAGGUAUGAAAUUUAAUUAAUGAUUGGUAUAUGUUUGCAUUGUAAUAUUUUUCAGCAUGUGUUAUCAACGGGCAUUUUGUUAUGUAUGCGAAUUCUUUAAAAAAAAUCAGCUUAACCCAACCACAUAUCUAGGAAAUGUCAAAACAUAUAUAGUACUUAAAAUUUUUCCAUAUAUAUAUAUAUUAUAUUCAUGUUAUAAUGUCUUUUAUUCAUCAUGCUAUAGACCAUUACCCACCAAGAAAAAGUGUUAAAUAUAACAACACCAUCUCCACAUUCAACAUCAUCUCAAGUGGCCACGACUCUUAAGUACGUUAUCACCGAAAAGGGUCGUGAGAUGGUGACUUCCACAUGGUUACGUGUGUUAAAUAAUCAUGCUAUGGUAUUGAAAAAAAGGGGUGUGACACUCUCCAUACCAAUUCAAAAAUACAUGUUUCUUAAUGAAGACGUGGGUGUGACGCUUGACUACGAGGACUUGUUAGAUUGGUGUAUUAAAAGAGAGGUUGGAGAAUCCCAAAUGAAUGUUUUCAUAAAGUGAGUGUCUUUUUUUACCAAUUAUUUCUUUACUCUUGAAUUUAUUUGUGUAUUAACUUCAACAUAUACAACUUUUGAUGAGGCAAGGUACUUGGAAGGUCAUUGUCAGAAUGAAGGUGUCUCAGGUAUGUACGGAUUCGUGACACAAAUGUUUUAUCUCCAAUGACACCAACUACAGAUGAGGAGGUUUGAUCCGACUAUCUUUCUCGUGUUUUUGGAUGCAACGAGGGAAAGAAUGUCAAUCAACUCUUCUUUGCUCCUUAUAAUGACAAGUAAGUUAUGCAUUGGAGGUUAGCUGUUAUUAGUCCCUGGAAUGCACUAGUGUGCUGGUUAGAUCCGGCUGGGGAAGAAAAUGAGAUCAAUGAGUUUGCUAAAAAGAUCAUAAAUGAGGGAUUAAAAAAAUUCAGCAUGGUCCAUCGAAAGGACAUCAAGAAGAUAAAAAAGAAUCCAUAUAUUGAGUGGAAGCAACCUAAGUGUCCUCGACAACCUCAAUACUCCAAAGUUUGUGGAUACUAUUUUUGUCGCUAUAUGCUUGAGAUUAUACAGAAAAGGGUAUUGUGGGUUACCGAUAAGUUUUUUCAAGCGGACCCCUGUACAUAUUCAACUGAAAAUGUUGACAAAAUUAGAGACUUGUGGGCUAAGUAUGUUCUAGAGCUUGAACAAGAUGACGUUAAUGAAGGAAAUGAAUAUGGUAUAGACAUUACGUGAGUUUAGUAUGUCCAUUACUUUUGGGAAAAGUAUUGCAAAUUUUAGAAUUUUUUGUAUAAAACUUUUGGAGGUAAUCUAAGAUGGCAUGAAAAUUAAAAGAGUUUGGUUUAUAUUUUUGGGAAUUGAAUACUAGAUUUUGUUUUGCAGAUGUUGAUGUAUAGUAUUUUUGGAGUUAUAUUGUAAUUAAUGGAUAUUUGUAAAAGCGUUUAUCAAC